CUCUCCCCCAUGAGCAGCAGCCCCGCGGCUGCCGCAGCAGCUGCAGCUGCCUCGGUCGGGGGGAUGCCCACCGGCCUCUCUGAACAAGGUGCCGCCGCCGCUUCUUCUGCUUGUCUCAGCGUCCCCGGGACGGUCACCAUGGCCCCUGCUCUUCUGACCAACGGGAGUGUCCAGAGCCACCUCCCUCCGGCCGCCAGCAGCGCGCUCCCGUCAACGCUGAGGAGCACCCCGGUGUCCCUGAACACGAAGGCCCCCAUAAGUCUUAGCUUGGUGACCGCUACGUCCCAGCCCCUGGUGAAGACGGCCCCCUUGGGGACCCUGGUGACCAAACUGGCUACUGUCAAUACCGUCCCCAAGACUAACAGUGGUCCCAGGCUGCCCGCUCCUCAAAUUGUGGCCGCAAAAGCCCCAAACACAACUACGAUCCAAUUGCCUGCCAAUUUCCAGCUUUCACCUGGAACUGUUCUAAUAAGAAGUAACAGUGGUCAGCUGAUGUUGGUGUCCCAGCAAGCAUUAGCUCAAGCUGAAACGCCAAGCCCUGUGAAUGUAAGAGCAACAGUGCCAUCAAGUACCCAUGCAGUCAAAAUCUGUACUGUGCCGAACUCUGGUACACAAUUAAUUAAGAAAGUGGCAGUGGCUCAGGUCAGAGCAGUGGCUCCAGUCACGGCAGUGGCUCCAGUCAAGGCAGUGGCUCCAGUCACAGCAGUGGCCUCAGUCACGGCAGUGGCUCCAGUCACGGCAGUGGCCUCAGUCAAGGCAGUGACACCCAUUAAGGCAGUUGCUGCUCCUGUGAAAACUGUGGCACAGUUAGGAAGUACUGUGGUGACUUCCUUCCAGAAACCUUCCAUAGUACAGUCUGUGGCUGCACCAGCCAAUGUUGUCACAGUUACUUCAGUGCAGCCUUUGAAUACUGUAACUGCUCUGAAGCCUUCAGUUAUUGGAACACCAGCAACCCCCUCCCAAGAAAGCACCCAGAAAAUUGAGGCCCCAGCAGCUGUACAGCCUAGUAUCUCUGUGGAAAUGUUGGAGAAUGUGACAAAAUGCAAGAACUUCCUUGCAAUGUUGAUAAAACUAGCAUGUGGUGGAUCUCAGUCCCCAGAAAUGGGGAAGAAUGUGAAGAAGCUUGUUGAAAACUUAUUGGAUGCAAAAAUUGAACCAGAGGAAUUUACCAAAAAAUUAUACAUUGAACUCAAAUCCUCACCUCAACCACAUCUUGUCCCUUUUCUAAAGAAAAGUGUGACUGCCUUACGACAGUUAAUGCCCAACUCCCAGAGCUUCAUUGAGCAGUGUGUUCAGCAAGCUUCUCCCCAGGUCGUCAUUCCUACGUGUGCCACAGCCACUCAUCUCCCCCCUGUUGUGACCACAGCUAUUUCUUCAAUCCACACAGAAAAGCCCCUCCUUGUUUCUGCAGCACCGACAGCAGGCACUGUCUCCAUUCAGACUGCAAGUCCUGUGGCUGGACCGGGAGGCGUUGGAGUUGUUGCCCUUCACUCUGCAAGCCCUCUUACUGGAGCUGGAGGACCCACAGUGGGAGCUGUUGCUGUCCACCCUGUAAAUCCAGCUUCUGUUCCAGGGGGUGUGACUACCAAAGCUGUCUCACUCCAUACUGUAAGUUCAACCACUAGUCCAGCUGGAGUAACAGCUGGGACUGUCUUCCUUCAACCUACAAAUACAAAGCCUCUCGUGACCUGCGGUGCUGCUACAGUAGCAACUGUCUCACUCCAGCCUGAAAAACCCCUUAUCCCCGGGGCAGCAGUAACACUGUCACUUCCAUCAACGAAACCCACUGUGUCUUCUGGAGAAGUUGCGGGACCAUCUAUUUCUCUUCCAACCUCAAAGCCAAUUGUGAAUUCUGGAGUAGCCACAUCUGCCUCUGUAAAGCCUGUCAUUGGGCCUCCUAUUCAUAUCAAACUUACACAGCCUGGUUCCUUCCUUUCACAACCAGCCACUACUCCACAAACUCUGAAAGUCAAACAGUUAGUAGUACAACAGCCUUCUGGAGGCAUUGUCAAACAAGUGACUGCCCUACCACAUUCCUCAGCCCUGACCAUUCAGAAAUCUGGACAAAAGAGGAUGCCCCUGAACACAUUAAUACAAACAAAUCAAUUUCCUUCAGCUUCCAUUCUAAAGCAAAUUACCCUGCCAGGAAAUAAAAUUCUGUCGCUUCAAGCACCUCCUGUUCAGAAAAACAAAAUAAAAGAGAAUGGAACAACAUCCUUCAGAGAUGAAGAUGACAUCAAUGACGUCACUUCCAUGGCAGGAGUCAACCUCAGUGAAGAAAAUGCCUGCAUCUUAGCAGCAAACUCUGAGUUUGUCGGCACACUGACUCGUUCUCAUAAAGAAGAACCAUUCCUUUUUACGGGGGCUCUCCAGAAGAGAAUUUUAGACAUUGGUAAAAGGCAUGACAUUAUGGAACUUAACUCUGAUGUUGUGAACUUGAUCUCACAUGCUACACAGGAGCGAUUACGAGGCCUUAUAGAAAAACUGACUAUAAUUGCUCAGCAUCGAAUGACAACCUGCAAGGAGAGUGAAAAUUAUGUCAUGUCUAGUGAUACCAGAUCACAACUUAGAUUUCUUGAGAAGCUGGAUCACAUUGAAAAACAGCGAAAGGAUGAAGAAGAACGAGAGAUGUUACUCCGAGCAGCUAAGAGUCGUUCUAAUAAAGAAGAUCCAGAGCAGCUGCGAUUAAAGCAGAAAGCCAAAGAGAUGCAGCAGCUAGAGUUGGCACAGAUGCAGCAAAGAGAUGCCAACAUCACCGCUCUUGCAGCCAUUGGACCAAGGAAGAAGAGAGCACUGGACUCUGUUGUUGGAUCUGGAAUUGAGGGUUUAAAUGGAAAUGCCCUUGCCUCAGGGUCAUCCAGCCUGACUGUCACCAAACAAUUAUUUCGCCCAAGAAUUACUCGAGUCUGCCUCAGGGAUUUGAUAUUCUAUAUGGAACAAGAAAAGGGGAUGAAAUACUCUCGAGCCCUGUACCAUGCUCUUCUGAAGUGACAACUCCACCUUUCCAUCCAGACCCUUGCUACGUACUGCCAAAGAGGAUGCCGAAAGCAUUGCAGCCCUGUCCUGAUGACAUUAAUGGCCAUUUCUGGAAGAUAAUCACAAUUGAGGAUAACCUUUGUUUACUUUUGUGCUUUUAUUAAAUACCUCCCUAAGCACCUGUAGAGUUUUUAAUAAAUAGAGUUCAGCAUUGUUUUCUGUUCACUUGGUGAGUUGUAGGUGAGCACAGAAAUAGGCACCUACCUACCUAUUUGUUUAACUCUUACCUGCAAGUCAAGAACCUGUCUGCUGCUACUUGCUUCAUUAGCACAAACCAAGUUUGUUCUACGUGUAGUGCCUUUCCCUAAUCCAUAUUUAAUUUGGAGGUGGUGGAAAGAAGGAAAGGGAUAUAUCGUGAUGAUGCUUAGCACGAAAAAUAUAUUUAAACAUGAGCAGUUUGGGGUCGCUAUGUUAAUGGUCAACAUACCUGGCUCAAGUAAGGUUCAGAGUUCCUUGAGUUGGCCUUAGUAGUGCUGAGCUAGAAUUAGAAGCUGUGUCCUACAACUUAAAGGUGGCAGCAAGCAAACCACCAAUGACUUGGAUCUCUUGUCUCCCAGAGAUGUCAAAACAGAGACAAAUGGGGAUUGUUUAUGCCCGAGGUCACUGUUCUCCGCCUCACACCACCACUGCUGUGUUUUCGAGGUGAGGGGACAUCCUUGUCAAGGAAACCUUGAAAUGGAAGCUGCUAAAAUACCUCAUUGGGAAAGGAAAAACACAGGGGGCAUUAUUAGGAAUGGCAGGGGCACUGAGUUCAAACAGAAAGAAGGGAAAUGAAAAUAGGGUAAUAAAACAGAAAAUGUACUGUGUGCGCCCAAAGGGAAAUACUGAGACUCCAAAGUAACCUGCAUGUGUUCUUCUGGAGGAAAAGGGAAAAAAUACACAUGUAACCUACAUAGAAAAGAAAAUAUAGCCAGCACUUCCACAGUAUCCACUGUCCAGAAGAAGGUUGGUUUCUUUUACCCUAAGAGAGAGAGGUUCUUGUAAAUCAUUCUCUCUCCCGUGUCAUCUUCAUUCUCCUGAAUUUAAAGCCUCUAAUUGCAUCGGAAGGCUUCUUUGGCAAUGACUGAGUUUUGAAGAAGAAACAAAUGAACAAGAGGACCUAAUUUUGACUGAUUUCCAUAUACUUGAAGGAUGAUUCCGGGAUUCCAACAGUGUGGCCACACUUCGGAAGGGUCUUUGCUUAGCAAUUGGCAUGUGUUUGAAUAGCCAUGGAACCUGUUCCUGCUUUGCCAAGUAAAACUCUGGUUUUUUUGUACUGGAAUUUCAUCUUCCUGGUUCACCACAACUGAAUGUGGCUGGCACACACUCAUAGGAAAGUAAUAAUUAUGACUGAUUAGAGUCACAUGAGGGAGAGAAAAUGAGCUUCCUCAGAAUGUUUAAAAUGUGAAAUGCCAGGGACUCCUAGAAAAAUAAUUCCAAAAAUAAAGCUCAAAGCUGUGUUACUUUUUAAUCCCAUUUCUCCCCAUUGGGACUAUUGCAGCCAUGUACUGCAUUGUAGUGAGUUGCAAAUUGGCCACAUUUUUUUUGUUUGUUUGUUUCAGCAAGUUAGUAAAGAAAUGCUGUAAAUUAUGUAUAUAAACAUAUGUAAAAAGGCAGUACUUUGAGGGGAAAAAAACAAACAAACCUAUAUUUGCAAGAUACUGACUGACCACAUCUGAAGUUGUUUUGUAUAAUUAAA